GAUAUGGGUAAAGAACCAUCCCGGGUUUUGUAUCAAACCAGGCCCCAGAGGAACAGGACAUUCCAGUAGUUUUGUUUCUGGAAAAGAGGGCACCCAGCCCUUCCCCCUCCCUCAUCCUCCCAACCCAGUAAACCCUGCCAAAUUGGAAUCCUGGACUUAAUUUAGGAGAAAGGCCCUGUAACCAAGAUACUGCCUGAACAUGGCUGGCGGACUCAGGCUGGGGUCUGCAGUGCAGCAUUAAUGGGCCGCUGACAUGAAUAUGGAGUAGUUUUCUCUAGCAAAGAGUAAUGUGGGCCAUGGAGUCAGGCCACCUCCUCUGGGCUCUGCUGUUCAUGCAGUCCUUGUGGCCUCAACUGACUGAUGGAGCCACUCGAGUCUACUACCUGGGCAUCCGGGAUGUGCAGUGGAACUAUGCUCCCAAGGGAAGAAAUGUCAUCACGAACCAGCCUCUGGACAGUGACAUAGUGGCUUCCAGCUUCUUAAAGUCUGACAAGAACCGGAUAGGGGGAACCUACAAGAAGACCAUCUAUAAAGAAUACAAGGAUGACUCAUACACAGAUGAAGUGGCCCAGCCUGCCUGGUUGGGCUUCCUGGGGCCAGUGUUGCAGGCUGAAGUGGGGGAUGUCAUUCUUAUUCACCUGAAGAAUUUUGCCACUCGUCCCUAUACCAUCCACCCUCAUGGUGUCUUCUACGAGAAGGACUCCGAAGGUUCCCUAUACCCAGAUGGCUCCUCUGGGCCACUGAAAGCUGAUGACUCUGUUCCCCCGGGGGGCAGCCAUAUCUACAACUGGACCAUUCCAGAAGGCCAUGCACCCACCGAUGCUGACCCAGCAUGCCUCACCUGGAUCUACCAUUCUCAUGUAGAUGCUCCACGAGACAUUGCAACUGGCCUAAUUGGGCCUCUCAUCACCUGUAAAAGAGGAGCCCUGGAUGGGAACUCCCCUCCUCAACGCCAGGAUGUAGACCAUGAUUUCUUCCUCCUCUUCAGUGUGGUAGAUGAGAACCUCAGCUGGCAUCUCAAUGAGAACAUUGCCACUUACUGCUCAGAUCCUGCUUCAGUGGACAAAGAAGAUGAGACAUUUCAGGAGAGCAAUAGGAUGCAUGCAAUCAAUGGCUUUGUUUUUGGGAAUUUACCGGAGCUGAACAUGUGUGCACAGAAACGUGUGGCCUGGCACUUGUUUGGCAUGGGCAAUGAAAUUGAUGUCCACACAGCAUUUUUCCAUGGACAGAUGCUGACUACCCGUGGACACCACACUGAUGUGGCUAACAUCUUUCCAGCCACCUUUGUGACUGCUGAGAUGGUGCCCUGGGAACCUGGUACCUGGUUAAUUAGCUGCCAAGUGAACAGUCACUUUCGAGAUGGCAUGCAGGCACUCUACAAGGUCAAGUCUUGCUCCAUGGCCCCUCCUGUGGACCUGCUCACAGGCAAAGUUCGACAGUACUUCAUUGAGGCCCAUGAGAUUCAAUGGGACUAUGGCCCAAUGGGGCAUGAUGGGAGUACUGGGAAGAAUUUGAGAGAGCCAGGCAGUAUCUCAGAUAAGUUUUUCCAGAAGAGCUCCAGCCGAAUUGGGGGCACUUACUGGAAAGUGCGAUAUGAAGCCUUUCAAGAUGAGACAUUCCAAGAGAAGAUGCAUUUGGAGGAAGAUAGGCAUCUUGGAAUCCUGGGGCCAGUGAUCCGGGCUGAGGUGGGUGACACCAUUCAGGUGGUCUUCUAUAACCGUGCCUCCCAGCCAUUCAGCAUGCAGCCCCAUGGGGUCUUUUAUGAGAAAGACUAUGAAGGCACUGUGUACAAUGAUGGCUCAUCUUACCCUGGCUUGGUUGCCAAGCCCUUUGAGAAAGUAACAUACCGCUGGACAGUCCCCCCUCAUGCCGGUCCCACUGCUCAGGAUCCUGCUUGUCUCACUUGGAUGUACUUCUCUGCUGCAGAUCCCAUAAGAGACACAAAUUCUGGCCUGGUGGGCCCGCUGCUGGUGUGCAGGGCUGGUGCCUUGGGUGCAGAUGGCAAGCAGAAAGGGGUGGAUAAAGAAUUCUUUCUUCUCUUCACUGUGUUGGAUGAGAACAAGAGCUGGUACAGCAAUGCCAAUCAAGCAGCUGCUAUGUUGGAUUUCCGACUGCUUUCAGAGGAUAUUGAGGGCUUCCAAGACUCCAAUCGGAUGCAUGCCAUUAAUGGGUUUCUGUUCUCUAACCUGCCCAGGCUGGACAUGUGCAAGGGUGACACAGUGGCCUGGCACCUGCUCGGCCUGGGCACAGAGACUGAUGUGCAUGGAGUCAUGUUCCAGGGCAACACUGUGCAGCUUCAGGGCAUGAGGAAGGGUGCAGCUAUGCUCUUUCCUCAUACCUUUGUCAUGGCCAUCAUGCAGCCUGACAACCUUGGGACAUUUGAGAUUUAUUGCCAGGCAGGCAGCCAUCGAGAAGCAGGGAUGAGGGCAAUCUAUAAUGUCUCCCAGUGUCCUGGCCACCAAGCCACCCCUCGCCAACGCUACCAAGCUGCAAGAAUCUACUAUAUCAUGGCAGAAGAAGUAGAGUGGGACUAUUGCCCUGACCGGAGCUGGGAACGGGAAUGGCACAACCAGUCUGAGAAGGACAGUUACGGUUACAUUUUCCUGAGCAACAAGGAUGGGCUCCUGGGUUCCAGAUACAAGAAAGCUGUAUUCAGGGAAUACACUGAUGGUACAUUCAGGAUCCCUCGGCCAAGGACUGGACCAGAAGAACACUUGGGAAUCUUGGGUCCACUUAUCAAAGGUGAAGUUGGUGAUAUCCUGACUGUGGUAUUCAAGAAUAAUGCCAGCCGCCCCUACUCUGUGCAUGCUCAUGGAGUGCUAGAAUCUACUACUGGCUGGCCACUGGCUGCUGAGCCUGGUGAGGUGCUCACUUAUCAGUGGAACAUCCCAGAGAGGUCUGGCCCUGGGCCCAAUGACUCUGCUUGUGUUUCCUGGAUCUAUUAUUCUGCAGUGGAUCCCAUCAAGGACAUGUAUAGUGGCCUGGUGGGGCCCUUGGCUAUCUGCCAAAAGGGCAUCCUGGAGCCCCAUGGAGGACGGAGUGACAUGGACCGGGAAUUUGCAUUGUUGUUCUUGAUUUUUGAUGAAAAUAAGUCUUGGUAUUUGGAGGAAAAUGUGGCAACCCAUGGGUCCCAGGAUCCAGGCAGUAUUAACCUACAGGAUGAAACUUUCUUGGAGAGCAAUAAAAUGCAUGCAAUCAAUGGGAAACUCUAUGCAAACCUUAGGGGUCUUACCAUGUACCAAGGAGAACGAGUGGCCUGGUACAUGCUGGCCAUGGGCCAAGAUGUGGAUCUACACACCAUCCACUUUCAUGCAGAGAGCUUCCUCUAUCGGAAUGGCGAGAACUACCGGGCAGAUGUGGUGGAUCUGUUCCCAGGGACUUUUGAGGUUGUGGAGAUGGUGGCCAGCAACCCUGGGACAUGGCUGAUGCACUGCCAUGUGACUGACCAUGUCCAUGCUGGCAUGGAGACCCUCUUCACUGUUUUUUCUCGAACAGAACACUUAAGCCCUCUCACCAUCAUCACCAAAGAGACUGAAAAAGCAGUGCCCCCCAGAGACAUUGAAGAAGGCAAUGUGAAGAUGCUGGGCAUGCAGAUCCCCAUAAAGAAUGUUGAGAUGCUGGCCUCUGUUUUGGUUGCCAUUAGUGUCACCCUUCUGCUCGUUGUUCUGGCUCUUGGUGGAGUGGUUUGGUACCAACAUCGACAGAGAAAGCUACGACGCAAUAGGAGGUCCAUCCUGGAUGACAGCUUCAAGCUUCUGUCUUUCAAACAGUAACAUCUGGAGCCUGGAGAUAUCCUCAGGAAGCACAUCUGUAGUGCACUCCCAGCAGGCCAUGGACUAGUCACUAACCCCACACUCAAAGGGGCAUGGGUGGUGGAGAAGCAGAAGGAGGAAUCAAGCUUAUCUGGAUAUUUCUUUCUUUAUUUAUUUUACAUGGAAAUAAUAUGAUUUCACUUUUUCUUUAGUUUCUUUGCUCUACGUGGGCACCUGGCACUAAGGGAGUACCUUAUUAUCCUACAUCGCAAAUUUCAACAGCUACAUUAUAUUUCCUUCUGACACUUGGAAGGUAUUGAAAUUUCUAGAAAUGUAUCCUUCUCACAAAGUAGAGACCAAGAGAAAAACUCAUUGAUUGGGUUUCUACUUCUUUCAAGAACUCAAGAAAUUUCACUUUGAACUGAGGCCAAGUGAGCUGUUAAGAUAACCCACACUUAAACUAAAGGCUAAGAAUAUAGGCUUGAUGGGAAAUUGAAGGUAGGCUGAGUAUUGGGAAUCCAAAUUGAAUUUUGAUUCUCCUUGGCAGUGAACUACUUUGAAGAAGUGGUCAAUGGGUUGUUGCUGCCAUGAGCAUGUACAACCUCUGGAGCUAGAAGCUCCUCAGGAAAGCCAGUUCUCCAAGUUCUUAAACUGUGGCACUGAAAGGAAUGUUGAGUUACCUCUUCAUGUUUUAGACAGCAAACCCUAUCCAUUAAAAUACUUGUUAGAACACUGAAA